UUUCCCUACCAAACAGAAAUUACCGGGGGAACCAGCUAUCCUUACUGUGGCCUCCUCAUACUCACCGGUGACUCCAAACCUCAGACGCUCCGAACCUCGAAAGCGGGAACCGGUAAGAUCAGUUCUGAAAAAGCUCAAUUCUUUCCGGGAAUCCGCAACUUUUUUGCUUGGUCUUCCAAUCCUACGGGACUUUAAUUUGUUCAAUAGAUCUCAAUUGCUAUAUAAUGUUCAUUUUUUUUAGUUAUUAAUCUUGUAUGCCUCUUUGAUUCAUUUAUCUUAUGCAGGCCAUAUCAAAUUAUUGGGAACAGACCAUGAAAACUGUGAGGGAUCAUCAUGGAGAGGAAGAGGAGGAUGAAUUAGGCUCGAAGAAAAAUGCUACGAAUUCCCAUAGUAGUACUCCCGGAGAUGGAAAGAAUAAUGACAAGGCCAAUGUAAUAAGGUCUAAACAUUCUGUAACGGAGCAGCGUAGGAGGAGUAAGAUCAACGAGAGAUUUCAGAUAUUAAGAGACCUGAUACCUAAUACAGAUCAAAAGCGAGAUACUGCAUCAUUUCUGUUUGAGGUGAUUCAGUAUGUACAGUAUUUACAGGAGAAGGUACAAAAGUAUGAAGGAUCAUAUCAAGCGUGGAGUUCUGAGCCAACAAAACUAAUGCCUUGGAGUUUUUCAGAAUCCCCCCCACAAGCUGUAAAGAAUGGUCCGGCAUAUGCUGGGAGGUUUGAUGAGAAUGCUAUCACAGCCCCUUCAACAGCUUUGCAACCAACAAUUCAGCAGAAUCGAGUUGAAUCAUCUUCUGCCACCUUCAAUGGGGCACAACAUAAUGAGCUUGCUACUAAGCAUCUGCUGGCAAGUUUGCCAGCUUCUGAUGCCCAAUCAACUGAAUGCCUCCCCAACAGAAUGGAAGAUGCUCUUGGUCAACAGGCGGAGCCGCCAGCUAUAGAGGGUGGAACAAUAAACUUUUCAGGUGUUUACUCCCAAGGACUACUAAAUUCUUUAGGACAAGCGUUGCAAAGCACUGGUGUAGACCUAUCACAUGCCACCAUCUCUGUACAGAUAGAUCUUGGAAAACGGGCAAAUAGGGGAUUAAGUACAGCAGUAAUGGGUGCCAGGGAUAUUGACCAUAAGAAACCUGCUGCACCAUCUUCGAGUCAAGUAGUGGGUUAUUUUCGUGAACCGGACACCGAUGGAGAUAUGGAUCAAGCUCAGAAAAGGCUGAGGAUUUAGGUAUAGCACAAUCAAUAUCCCCCUGAUUUAUUUCAAGAUUGUGCAUAUGGUAGUUGUUGCUCAUGUCCAUUGAUGUAAUGCCUUCACUUAUUUGUUCACUCCAUUAUUUUAAGUUUCGGUUGGCGAGGGAGCUCAUUGUGAUCAUGUUCAUUGAAUCCAAAACCUAAUGCUCUCAAGUAACCAAUUACCAUCUCUUCAUUUUUUCUCCCCAAUUUUUAUAGAAUAGAGUGUACUAUUCGUAAUACCACCAUGUGUUUUGGAAUUUACACAUGACAAAGACGGGCCAAAACCAUGGUUUAAACUGCUGUGUUGGCAGUCAUGGCAGGUUGCUUAUGUUGAUCCAGCAACAAACCCCCCGAAUUUAGUUCAACCAAAGAACUUAGGAGGACUGAUGUGCAAUUCCAUGUGCUAGGACUUAGGAGGACGAAAUGCAAUUCGCUGACAACCAAAGAUAUUUAAAAUAACAAACAGUUAUCAUGCAAAUUGAUACAGAAAAAGGAGAGAAGACUUCUAUGUGUAGUGAUUAUCCCAAUUCCAAAGGUAGUUUCUUAGAUCCAUUUGUAAAUAUAAAUGGUGCAAGAAAUUCGUAUCAUCAGGGAAAAUGCAUAUUUCAUUUUCCGAAGUGAGGUAACCUCAAUGUUUGAAGUGAAUGUUAUUUGAAAUAGUGCAUGUCAUUAAUUCAUGUUUGUUUGGUUUAAUUUAGUAAUUUUUGCAAGAUUUUACAUGUAUAAUUGGAGAUAUGAAUCUCGUGUACUGAGUUUGGCAUUUUUGCAGCAAAGUAGGAAAAACAUUUACUAUUUUGGUGUUUUGUGGGUGUAUUAUGAACUGGGUACAUAAGUUCACGUGUAAUAUGUAGAUUAGUGUCAAUUAGCAUAUACGUAACUAUUUUGGAC